AUGAGGUCAGGGCAAGUGCCUUACCGGAGCACACUAUCUGCCUUGAGGAGAAUUGCUCAUGAAGAGGGUAUCCGUGGAUUGUACAGUGGUCUUGUGCCAGCUUUGGCCGGCGUUAGUCAUGUAGCAAUUCAAUUUCCAGCAUAUGAGAAGAUUAAAAGUUACUUGGCUGAUCAGGAUCACACCAAAAUGGAUCAACUCAGUGCACGAGAUGUGGCUGUAGCUUCAUCAGUUUCUAAAAUAUUUGCUUCCACGUUGACAUAUCCGCAUGAGGUUGUGCGCUCAAGGCUUCAAGAGCAAGGGCACCACUCUGAGAAGCGGUAUUCUGGCGUUGUCGACUGCAUUAAGAAAGUUUUUCAGCUAGAGGUUACAGCAUUCCCUCCUGAUCCACCCCCAUCAACCUUUCUGAAGAUUGAGCUUCCUGAAAUCAGACAAUCAGAGGUUCUGAAGGAGUUAACGAUACCUUGCGUGCAACGAAAGCUCGGAUUGGUUUUGUAUUUUAAUUGUUAUCAACAUUGUCAAGGCCAAUGGCUUUGGAUGCUGAAAUUCGUAUCAAAGAAGAAAACGAAUUGGUCGUUAUUACAGAAAUUGCACCCAGAGAGGUGGAUUAAGGAUCCCACCAAGCUAAAAAUAAGUUCCAACAAAUUCAAGAAGCCUAUUCAGUUUUAUCAGACUAGGGAAAGAGAUCAAUUUAUGAUGCUGGACUUUUUGACCUCCUGGAGACCACGAUGA